ACAGUAGGAGAGGGAGGACGUAAUGUUGUGGAAACCAAACCUUAGGUUCAGAAAAACCAUAGUCACUCGACGUGCAAGCAAUUCUCUCUUUCAAGAGUAAAAUCUAACAAUAACUCCAACAAGGAAUGGCCUCUCCUACUUCCUGGUCUGAAGAGAACUUUUCAUGUCCCAUCUGUCUGGAUGUGUUCAGCAGCCCAGUUUUUACACCAUGUGGACACAACUUCUGCAGAGCCUGUAUCACAAAGUUCUGGGAUGAUCAAGCCCAGUACAAAUGUCCAGUUUGCAACGAGCUCUUCCACACUAGACCUGAUUUGAGGGCCAAUAUCCUCGUAUCAGAGAUGGCUGCUCAGUUUAAAACGUCUGUACGAGUGAAAGAGCAGCCUUGUGUUGAACCAGGAGAAGUUCCCUGUGACGUCUGUACUGGGACCCAGCUGAAGGCCGUGAAGUCCUGCCUAGUGUGUUUUACCUCUUACUGCCAAACCCACCUGGAGCCACAUCAGAGAGUCGCUCGCCUGCAGAAACAUCAGCUGGUCGAGCCUAUGGACCAUCUGGAAGACAGGAUGUGUAAGAAACAUGACCGACUUCUGGAGCUCUUCUGUAGGACUGAACAGGUGUGUGUGUGUCAGUUCUGCACAGAGACAGACCACAAGUCCCAUCUUGUUAUACCUCUAAAGGAGGAAUAUGAAGUGAAGACGGCCCAGCUGGGGAAGAUAGAGGCUGAAGUUCCGCAGAUGAUCCAGGAGAGAAAACAAAAGAUUAAGGAGAUCAAAGACACAAUAAAAUUGAGCAAGAAAGACGCAGACACACAGAUGGCCGAUGGUUUGCAGGCCCUCACCGCUCUGAUGCGCUGCAUUGAAAAGUGGCGGAAGGAUUUCAACCAAACGGUUAAAGAGAAACUGAAAUCCACAGAGAAACAAGCUGAAGACCUCAUCAAAGGGCUGGAGCAGGAAAUAGAAGAUCUGACCAAAAGAAGCUCAGAGGUGAAGCGGCUCUCACACACUGAAGACCACCUCCACUUCCUCCAGGCCUUCAGAGCCCUGAAGGAUCCUCCACCCACCAGGGACUGGACGACGGUGGACGUCCAUCCUCCGUCAUACGUAGGGUCCUGGAGGAGAUCCCUGGAUCAGCUCGAGGAGACGCUGAACAUGGGGAUGAAGAAGCUGUGUGAUGCUGAACUGAAGAGGGUCCAGCAGUAUGAAGUAGAUGUGACUCUGGAUCCUGAUACAGCUGCUCCCUGGCUCAUCCUGUCUGAGGAUGGGAAACAAGUACAUGAUGGAGGUGUAGUGAAGGUACUCCCAGACAACCCUAAGAGAUUUACAUGUCGGCCAUGUGUUCUCUCGAGGCAGAGCUUCUCCUCAGGGAGAUUUUACUUUGAGGUCAAGGUUGAAGAUAAGUCUGUAUGGUGUUUAGGAGUGGCCAGAGAGUCCAUCAACAGAAAAAACAACAUUGCAUUGACCCCUAAAAAUGGCUGCUGGGGGAUAUCAUUCCAAAAGGAUGUGUUCAAAUUUAAAAAUGACCCUGAUGUCCGUGUCCCUCUGAGAGCUGGGCUCCAGAAGGUGGGGGUGUUUGUUGAUUAUGAUGAGGGUCUGGUCUCCUUCUAUAAUGUGGAAGCCAGGGUUCAUAUCUACUCUGCUACUGGCUGCACCUUCAGUGAGCCUCUCUAUCCAAUCCUCGGUCACAAAUACGGUGGUCUCCGCCUGAUCAUCUCACCUGUCAAUCAAACAGACUAAGACACUGUUUGAUAUUAAAAUAAACAAACAAGAACUUAUAUUUCCUAAAUAAUCUGCUAUUUUAGAUCUGAGAGAACUGCAUUAAUGUUGUACUGUUGUCAGUUACCAAGUAUGAAAAUAACCCUGACUAUUUUAAAUAUAGCCCAUUGUAAAUUAUUAUAUUCCACUAUAUUCUUUAAUGUGGGUUUUCUCAGUAUAUAUAUUUUUUAUAUAUUAUUGUAAAUUGUUUCAGUUAUGUAGAACAAUUUUGGAGGAUACAGAUUUUAACAUAAUAAUA